AUGGCGCCCUCUACUCCUCAGCAAGAUGAAUUUCCUACUAUGCUCAGAGGCAGGCGGGUCCUCCUGACUACGGAGUCUUUGGGCCCUGUCAAUGGUGUUAGCCGGACGACGUUGAGCCUGGUAGAGUAUCUCAGGCGCAACGGUGUCGAUCUGGCGGUAAUCGCACCAAGCUAUCAAGGCUUGCACCGCCAGGAACAACAAGAUGUAGCACACCUACGGAUACCUGGAUAUCCUCUGCCAUACAACCCAGAUUUGACAGUGGUGUACCCCUUCCGCUUGGACAAUAUCUAUAAACAAACCUUUCAGCCCGACAUCAUCUACGUCGCCAGUCCAGCAUCUCUGGGCUUUCAGGUCCUGCUGCAGAUUCGUCAGUUCCAAAAACAGCCCACCGCGUUGCUUAACUUCCAAACCGAUCUAUCAGCCUACAGCGAAAUAAUUUUUCCAGCCCCUUUGGACAAAUUCGCAGUCUGGCUCUUGGCAACAGUGCAAGGAUAUCUCUUCAGCUGUCCGGCUAUACACACCAUAUUCUAUCCUUGCUCAGCAGUCCUAGACUACCUAAAGAGCACAGGAGCCCCUAUGGAACGUACAGCAAGAUUAGGACGCGGCGUGGACACCUCACUAUUUAACCCCUCUCACCGCGACAACGCCUACCGAAAUGAAGUCGCCCCAAACGGCGAAAUAAUCCUAGUAUACGUGUGCCGCCUCGCUCCAGAGAAAGGGUUCGAGUUCCUAGCAGAUGCAACAACAAAGCUUGCAGAGCAAAAGCUUCCCUUCAAACUACUGAUCGUUGGCGGCAAUCGCAAUCCUGCCGUUGAGAACAGAAUCCAUCGCCUCUUCGACUCGGUCAGAGGGCACGUAAUUUUCACAGGGUUCCUGACCGGGCAGCCUCUAGCCCGCGCAUACGCCUCAGGUGAUAUAUUCCUUCACUGCUCGAUCACCGAAACCUUUGGCCUAGUCGUCCUGGAGGCAAUGGCCAGUGGCGUACCCGUUAUUGCGAGAGACCAAGGAGGGCCGUCGGAUAUUGUCCGGCACCAGGAGACGGGGUACUUGGUUCCUCCUGAUAAUGUCGAUAGGUUUGUUGCGCUGGUGCGAGAGGUAUCUGUGGAUAAUCGGCUGCGUUGUGUACUAGCUACUUCUGCGCGGAGGUAUGCAGAGGGUACAACGUGGGAGAAAAUUAAUAACCGUGUCGCUUGGCAGAUGGCUGAGGCACUGGAGCAGCGCUCAGCUGAGGAAGGAUUGGGUGUUUUGGAUGAGCCUGUUGUGGUUAAUUUUAUGUUGUCGAUACUAGAGAGGAUGCGUCUGAUUCUUGCUGUUGGGCUUGUGUACUUCAUGUGGUUGAUUGCUGUGGUUCCUUUGAUUAUCCAUGGGCGGCGGAUUGUUCCGAGGGCUUUGCAUUUGGUGUAUAACGCUCCACUGCUUGGGAGAUGUGUAAGGCUUCGUUCUAGAUAG